GCAGAGCGGACACGUUGGCAUUAGGUGACAAGCUGAGCUGGAGGUAGGACGUGAGUGAGUGUGGCGCGCGGUUCAUUGAACUCGUUGCUCUAACUUGUACUACACAUUAAAAUCAACAUUGUGUUAUCUAUGGUUCUAUUCUGAUAAAAAAAGUGUUGUACGUACUAGUGAGAAAAUUAGUGAUAAACGUCGCUGAAGAACUAGCGACUGAGUCUACGGUGUUCAUGUGCUGGUGUGUGUAACAUGCAUUCCAUGAAGAGUGGAGUGAGCUGGUGUACUCGUGUGUGGGGAGUGAGGAGGACACUGCUGGUGUAACAGCAACAGUCCACCCAGACACGUACUGCUGGUGCCCAGGGACUUACAAUGAUGGCAGGCGGCCGGGCCAGUUAGUAUGAAGCACCACCCCACAACGGGAUGAAGGCCAUUGGAAGCCGCUAUACUCACCUCAAGAAACUACUGGAGUGAGUGGGGUCGCCUGGCCGCGCGCUGCUACUUAUAUCAGAGUGGAGGGCCACGUUGGAGGGCUGGUUUAGUUACAAGUGGCAGGUGUGACACAGGUGUGUGAGGCAGCACAGGUGUGGGGGUCGUCAUGAGUGGCGGGGCGGCCCGUCAUGGCAGCGCCACAACAACAUACACUGACUAACACCUCUACCAUCGUUGCCUCUCCUGCCGUCCUCGCUGCUGCCUCCGUCAAUACCACCUCCUCAGCCUCCGCCGACACCUAUGGUAGCGGUCACCACGCGUCCUGUGACGAGGUGUAUAGCCGACUGAGUGGUGUGGGUGUGGGCGGCCUCAAUCCGCCCACCACCCCCGCCCACUACCCACCUCUCCCUGCUUCACGUCGCCUGCGUCCCUGCUCCCUGUGUGGCACUGCCGCCCUGCGUCCACACACCCCCAUCGUGCCCACCUCCCCCGUAGGAGCCCUUGAACAGCCAGUUGUUCUCCUACACCGCCUAGAGGACGGCCUCCCCCAGGGUGACGUGAACAGUCUCCGCGCUUACGGCACCAUCCGUCUGCUACCUGUCCACAGCCCCACACAUAAUGCCACCUCAGAGGAUGACAGGAGUGAUCAAGACGGUGACAGUAAUGAGCGACCGGUGAACCAUGCCAUGGCGCACCCCAAACACACCGAUGACGCAGGUAAACACGAGGACACGAGUAGCAGCGCUCACUACGCCAGCUGGACGUGCAGUAACGGUGAACACUCGCUCAGUGACGAGCAUAGUGUAGGUGAAGUGCCUCUUGGUGCCAAGUUAGUGUGUACAGAGCUGCAUAAUGCAGUAGCAAUAAAAAGUGUUGUUAAUGUGAUAGAAAACGAAAGUGAGGCUGACAGUGACGAGCCUUUUAUAGGUAUAAGAAUACACAGUGUUGUGUCGGAGAAAGACUUAAACAUUGAGGGAAUAUACCAACAGGAGGGCCAUGUCGGUGACAGGGGUGAGAGCCACGCCACCCCGGAGACUACCAGUGUGUAUCCCGAAUGUCACCCCAGGUCCCCCACCUCCCCUUCCUCUCACACUCACUCCUCAGCUGCCCCCUGCCUAUCUUCUUGUUCUUCGUCCUGCUCCAUACACCACCACCCGCCCUCACUCCCACCCCCUCCCUUACCAACCACUCCACCACCCUCACACCCCGCCGCAUCAACUCCAACCACCACGUGUUGUAACCCUUCAUCCACGAAUCCAUCCUUGCCAUCCACUGCACUCUCAACCACACACACGAAUCCAUCAACCCCAGAACAUAACCCAACAGCCAACCACCACAACCCAACAACCACGCCAACCUCCCCGACAAUCUCUGGUCUCUCGAGUCCCACCACAAGUCACCCCCAUCCCUCAACUUCCUCCUCCCCAUUCACCCCCAUGUCACUGGUUCUCUCAUCCCCCGUACAACCCCUUCCCUCAUCCUCGCCCAGUGCUCCCCUCGCAUCCUCUCACGCCCACACACAUCCCCCGGCCUCCCCAUCCUCUCCAUCUGUCUUCUCACCCGCGGACUCCCCACCUUCAUCCUUACCUUCUCCAGUCCAUCCCUCGAAUUCAGUAGACACUACUAUUCUGCCUCCCUCCUCCCCAUACUCUCCCAUGACUCGACCUUCUUCCCCGACGUCCCCAGCCUCCCUGCCCUCCCGUGCCGACUCUCCUCCAUCUCCCACACUGUCUGUCGAGUCUCCUCCUGCGUCGCCCGUCCCUUCCCCGGGUCUGGCCAGUCACGAGGCUCAGCAUGCAUCCCCACAUGUGCUUACUGAACUCGCUAAGGCCUCACCACUCGAGGUCGGGGACUUGCCCAACUCUCAGGUCGAACUAUGGGAUAAAAGACAAAUGGAAUGUUGCCAAGUCGAGCCACCAGUAGAAGCUGAAGUCGAACCUGUGGGGGGCACUGUUGUUCAGACGUCAGUAUGUGCAAACAUCAGUCCCCUGGUGGAUACUCAGGACGAACUGCCAGCAGACACUCAAGUCAACCCGUCAGGAGACACUCAGGUCGAAUCCUCGGAGGACACUCAGACAGAGGCAUCGUUGGGUGAGGGCGAAACUCAGGUGGAGUCAUGUGAGAGCACUCAGGUAGACGAUGUGUCUGAACCUGAGCAAGGUGAGGCUGAGGACCAGCAACUAGCACGAGAAGUGAGUAGUUAUUGUGAACGUGUGAGUGAGGAGAAUAACCCCGACAUGGGACCAAUGAAAAUAAAGUUCAGGUUAAGACAGAAGGUGGACAGCCACCCAUCUCUUGGUGCAGAGAAAAAAGAGUGCAAUAAAGAAAACGGUAUUCCAAAGAUUGUGUUAACUCUGAAGGGUAAUGGACCCAAUAAGGAGUACUCUUGCUCAAAUAGGUUAAGAAGUGAGGACCAAAGCUUUUCGGGUGUAACUGUUAAUAACAAAAAACACAAAUCAAAGAAAGAUAAAAAACAAAAAUUAAAAGAUAAAGAAAAAACCAAGAAAAGCCUCAGGGGGAACAAACACAAAAGACAGCUUGAGUUGUUUGGUGAAGACAGCAAUGACUCGUGUGACAUCAUCAGUAACAAGUGCAAUGGGCUGAAUGGUCAAAACGAAGACCAUCACAAGAGCGAGGUUGAUAGUCAAAAGAGUCUUCACCUGCCCCUGGCCUUCCCGACACUGGGUGAGUCCCCUGAGCGUAGUGAUGACGAUUUCCUUCCUUUACCCCCAAAAAGGGAGUCUUAUGCCUUUAGCGUCAAAGUCGAGAGAGUUUGUAAAAAAAUAAAACAUAGUUCUACUAGUGAUUCCCUGGAUGACUCAUUAUCAGAUUCUUUGCCAGAUUUGGAUCCUCUCCCUGCUGCUCCUGAGGACGUUGAGGGCCUCGCGAGUCACGACAAGAAGGUGGAGAAGAGUGUCCAGGAGUCUAAGCAUAAGGUGGUGGCGGAGAAACACCAGGAGACCACAACACAACAAGAUCUGGACCUCCCUAACACCAUCACCUGUGUUAAGACUUCGCAGGAGGACACCAACACCAGCCAACACAGUGUAGAGAAUCAGGACGAGAUGCAGGAAGUUACUGAGAGUUCCACCUGUCAACACGCCUCUAAGGAAAUUCCUGAGACGUCAACCAGUCAACCAGAUCUGGAGAAAAUGGCUGAGAAAUCAAUCAAUCAGCCAGGUACUGAGAAAACUCAUGAGAAAUCCACCCUUCAAAAAAGUCUUGAGAAGAUAGCUAAGAGAUCAAUCAGUCAGUCAGGUCCUGAGAAAUACAACCGUCAUACAAGUCAUGAGAAAAUUUCUAAGAAAUCAACCACUCAACAAGGUACUGAGAAAAUUACCGAGAAAUCCACCAGUCAACCAGGUCCUGAUCCUUGUGAGAACACUCGAGGGUCAACCUUAAGAAGUCGACGAGAAAGGAUCGUGAAGAAUACCAAGUCAGACAGGGAUUCUGAUCGGUGCUUGUGGGUGAGUUUUGGUGUUGAUGGUCCAGUGCCGCUCCCCACCAGUGACAUGCCCAGCCUAGAACCCAUCCUCGAUAAUGGUGACAAUGCCAAGGCCUCUAAGGCGAGUGACGGUCACCUUGAUCCUGCCUCGUCGCAUCCAACAGAGAAAUCAACACGUGAUGUGGAGAAGUGUAGAAGAGACAGAAACUCUCAGGUAGUGGCCACUCGUAAAAGUCAAGGGGGGAAAAAUUCUGAGGCCAAGUUAGAGAAAUCAGUGAAUGCAGUUGACUGUGUUGUUGAAGAGAAGGAUUAUAAUGAAAGACAUAAACGGUGUUUGUCCAGUCAAUCACAGUUAAAUAAUCGUGAAGUCAAGGAUUCGUCUCUCGGGAGGAAGCAUAUGAGAGUUGAGCAGACACAUCGGAAGUCGUCAAUUCACAGGACUAAGGAAUGUGAUGCUAGAUUAAGACCGACAGAUAAACUGGGUGGGUCACGGUCAAAGCGAUCGUCCAGAUCGUCGACUCAGGAACGUAAAGAAAUGGUGGAGGGUAGUGGAGCCAAGGCCACACCUGCUGAGACUGUUGCGAAAGGUGACGACAUCGCUAGUCAGGAACACGGUACCAAUACCUCAAUUAAUGAUGCCAGUAAAAAUGAAAAGACAGAGAGUUUAGCGAGUGAUGGUGCCGAGAGGGAUGAAGUGGCAGGAGAGGAGACACACAGUCACAGCGAGGAACUGAAGCCUCCUGAAGGUAAUGCCACCUCGCUUGGUGUCACUUCGUCAUCUGACGAGCCUGGUGGUUCUCAUACUAAUGAAGAGCAGCCAAGCAGUUCAGACAAUGCUCAGAAACAUUUGGAAUCUCCAGACAAACCUGGAGCCAUGGAAGGUGAAGAUGACAGCCAGUAUUACCGACCCAAGAAAAUACGAAGAAUGAGUGAUACAAAAUUAUCCAGAGAGAAUGUGAGUGAUAACGCUUCUUCUGUCGAUCUUCAAGAUCCAAGGACGUCUUGGUUGGUCGUCUCAGAGACCGAUAAAUACCUAUCAAAAGAGAGGAAUCUCAGCGUUAACGAAAACCAAGUUUGUGCCAAGAGUAUCACUGCUCCUGACGCCACUCCUUCAGAAGCACAUGUGAUGAACUCUCCUGGCAUAGGAUCUAGUGCUUCCAAAGUCACCUCUGACACGUCUGAAGUGGAAAUGGAUACGCAAGAGAUAGUGCCUGAAGGUGUGUCGCAGAGAGACGACCUGGCAAAGACGUGUUCCUCAGUCUCUCAGGACUCUUCGGGUGACAGAGGCCAGAAGAAACGAAAGCCACGGUCCAGGACGUAUUUGAAACAGAACUCAAAAGUUGGGUCACAGGAAGACUGUGGUGACGAUGUCUCCUCCCCCCUGAGAGGUGAGGACAAAGAGGAGGGAACCUCGGAUAAGCUGGACAGUGCAUCAAGAGAAGACAGUAUGUCGUCCAAGGAAGAUGUUCAGAGCCAAGAGACACCACAGAAAGACGAAAAGGAAAAGAAGAGAAAAACAAGGAAAGAGAAGAAGAAGAACGGUUCAGAUUCCGACAGUGAUUCACGUAGCCAAGGAGACAGCGUGAGCAAGUCGAGGGCGCUGCAGGAGGCACAACAGCGGCGGGAGGUGCUAAACGAGGAGGAGAGGGGACGUCGGCUGGCUCAGGAGAUCAAGGGGUUCAACUGGCUGGAGCAGAAGAUCAAAAACGGAUCACUACUCUCUCCCGGGUCCUCCUCCACCCCCUCCACCCCAACCACACCCAGAGACCCGCCUGGGCUGAUCUCCAAGACGCCCUUCACCUCCUCGCUGUCCUCAGACCCGCCCACCCCCUCCUCCGCUCCCCCGUUUCCUUCCUUGUCCAGGAAGAGGGAGGAAGAGGAACCAAGGAGAUGCUCGUUAAGUGGAGGCAUUGGUUUGAGAAGACACUUGCAGACAGCUGUACCACCACUUGCCCCAUUGUCAAGAGUUACUGCUCAACCAAAACGUCGCCUCUCACCAACUCAGCUACCUCCAGCAACACCUACCACACCUUCACCUCUUUACAGUCCUACAAAUGUUCAUAGUAUGACUGUACAGGGUACGAUAAACCCCACAGUGCCAGCUUUGUUUGGACCUGCCCACAGCAAACCUGGAAAACCUAGUGGUGCUGGUGAACCUACAGAUUCUAAUAAAGCAACUCUGUAUAGUAGCACAACCUGUAACAAAGCAACAUUGUAUGGUGUUAACAGUGAUAAUUUAGAAGUAUUUAUUGACAGUGUAAAGACCACUCCUAACUAUUAUGGAAGUGUAACCAGCAAUAAUACCACACUCAGUGACGACACCAUCACAACUCCAUCCAACUACUAUGGUUCAAAAACCUUGGCGUCCGUCCAGCAUCCAGCCAUGUUAUCUUCAUCGGGUGUAGGUUCUCAUCCGUCCGUCAUCACUACCACAGCACCAGCAGACUGGGCACAACCUGAAGUUGGUUACUUUGGGCUACCAUACUACAACAACCCUGUUUCAAGCUCACAUGUAUCUACAGACCAAGGUGUUGGGCGACAAUCGGAUUCAGGCAACAACUACUCUAAAUCCAAUACCACAACUGUAACUGCUGCUCCCCCGCAGUUUUCACACAAGCACACACUCCUCCGGCGGGCCUUCCAAGAGAUGUUAAAAAGCGAUUCUGAAUCAUCCCCAGAAUUAGUACAAAAGGAAAAAAGUGUUUUUAAGUUUGAUGAUGCUGCAGACCUACCCAAGACACAUGAUGAAGCCUCGAAAAUUACAGAGAUGUUAGAUGUUUCCACUCAUGUGAUGACAGCAACAACAAGUAAAUCCCUUGAUUUAGUAGAUGAUGAAAGUUCUAAAUUAUACAUCCCAAAAGAUGAAAUAUCUGAGAGUACAAUUUUGCAGGUUGAAACUAAGUUCACACCAUUGAAGAAAGAAAUAGAACCACCAGGUGCCAAUGACUCAAACGAAGAAAUAGCAGUUGAUAUUACAACACAUGAAUCACAAGACACCAAGACCAGAGAAAUGAAAAUUAUUGAAAAGUUGCCGGCAGGAGUUUUGGAAUCUAUAAAAGAAGGUGGAGGUAAAUUUGAUGUUAAAUCUCUCAAGGGUGAAACAAAAUCGGAGAGUGAUAUUCAAGGAAAAGAAGAAGACAGAGAAAUGCAAUCAUCCUUACUACUUUCUGUUCUGUAUAAAGAGUUAAUGAGAACAAGGCAAGAAGUUGAAGAGCUAAGGAAAGUACAAGAACAAAUGCUCACAGAGAAAGGAGAGAAAAAGGAAGACAACACAGAGGAAACCAAAAAGGAAGAAGGCCUCGACUCUAGUGAUAAGAAGGGUGAGAAGAGAAAGUGUUCAGAUGAUGCCAACUAUAAGUCAGUAUUAGAUAAUAAAGAAUCAACUUUACAACCUGAAGCAAAGAAAUCAAAAAUCAGCAUUCGAAGUGAUCUUCUGUUAACUGAUAAUAUGAUUACUACAACAUCCCCAGCAACAACAUCUGAUUCUUCAGAUUUGCCAAGAGACAGUCCAUCAUUAUUACCGAGAUCUAGUCCCCCACUCCUGAAAACUAAUACCCAAAUAAUACCUACAACUAAAGUCCCAUUAACUAGUCCCGUUUUGCCUGAUCCAGGUUUUGAAUUAUCUGUUAUUAGUUUAGUAAAUUCUUCAGCACCACAAACUAGUCAUGUAUUAUCAAGAACAAGUCCUGGCAUAUCCAUGACGAGUCCUGGAAUAUCAAGAACAAGUCCUGGACUGCCAAGGACAAGUCCUGGACUGCCAAGAACAAGUCCUGGACUGCCAAGAACAAGUCCUGGGCUGCCAAGGACAAGUCCUGGGUUACCAAGAACAAGUCCUGGGCUGCCAAGGACAAGUCCUGGGCUGCCAAGGACAAGUCCUGGGUCAAUAGGGAAUAGUCCUGGAGUAUCAGGAACAAGUCCAGGGCCACCAAGAACAAGCCCUGUAAUAAUGCAAGCUAUGACAGUACCACACAGUAAUUCAGUGUCACAGAAUUCUCAUAUAGUGUCAUACACGAGUCCUGCAAUAUUGCAAAGUCCUAUAAUGAGUGACUCGCCUGUACUAAAUUCAAAUGUUGCCAUGUCAAAAAUGACCAUUGGACAACCAACUAUCAGUCCUGGAAUACCUAGAUCCAGGCCAUCAAUAUCCAGUACUAUUACUGCAAUACCAAUAUCUAGUCCCACUGCAUCAAGGACUAGUCCAGUGAUAUCUAGGACAAGCCCAGUGAUAUCAAGAGUAAGCCCUGCAGUAUCUAGGAUGAGCCCUGUAAUAGCAAGAGCCACUAGUAUUCCAGCCAGUAAAUCGGAUUCACAUUUAGCAGCAAUGAGUCCUGACAAACUUCGUACUGUAUUUGGGAUCUCUAAUUCAGAAGUAGAGGUCAUGCCUGUAUCAGUAGGAGGAAAGUAUCCUCUUCCUGAACCUUCUCCACAAACAUAUUUAAAGGUGUUGGAUGAAUUCCAACAUCUACCCCAGGAAUCGCCUCUUCUGUUGAAUGCUGUCAAGGGAGUACGACGAGAUAGCUUGCCUGCAGAUGUUGAAGUUUUAGCUUCAACUGGACUGCCACACUUUCGUCAUAACAGGAUCCCUCACGAAGAUACCCGGAGAACUCGUCAGUCUCAAGAGAAUGAAGUUAAGCACAUUGCAUUUGCCCCUUCUGACCCCACAGACUUACAACAACAAUCAUUACGAAAGCAACCUCCACCUCUUAAGUCAGCAGCCUCACUUGUGAGAAGAUAUUCAGAUAGCCUCGAUGUCCAUCAGAUAAAUCCAUUAAUGCAUCGCCUCAUGUAUCCCAGUACACACCCAAAUCCUGCCGUCUCAAUUCAUUCCACAAAUUCAUCCACGGAGCAACAAAAAAUGGCAUCUUUAUAUUCAUUUGCUCAACCACAGUGUAAUCCUACACAGUAUCCUCCCAAUGCUCAAACUGGGCGGAGAAACAGUGAAAGCAGUUGCAGUGAAAGAUCUCGGGAAUAUCAGCAGGCUGUUGCUUUGAGCAUGCAACACCAAUAUCAGCAACACUUAGGUGCCAACACACCUAUGAUGAGGAGUCUUGGACCAGAUAAAGCAAGUAUUUUCCCGAUACCUUCACCCAUGUCAACAGUUAUUCGCCCAUAUAAACCACCUUCACCACCUGUAUCCAACCGAUCUGCCCUGGAGUAUCAGAGUGAGAACUUUUAUCGUUCGAAUAUGCCAUUUUUUGAAAGAUUAAGAGAAAACAUCCAGCAAUCUGGAAUACCUUCAGCAGACAGAGGACAUGCAGGUCAAAAGAGGUUACAGCCAGCUACUGGAACUGUUGAAAAACCCCCUCAACCACAGACCUUCGCCCCUCGGGUCCUUGUCCGGGAGUCUGUUCCAGAAACGUCAUCUCAUAUGCCUCCUCCAUCAUUUUCAACCACACAUUUUGCUAAUACUAACCAACACUUGCCGAAUGUCAUGCCCAAUCAUCAUGGCCACUAUCCAAAUAAUAUGCAUCCAAGUUCUACCAUUCAUCACCUGCCUCAAACUGGAGUACUUCCAGGUAACCAUCAAGUUGCUUCAUCUGUCAUAGCAAACACCAACAGUAAUCAACGCAACAACAGUGGAGGAAAUAGCACUGGAGAGAAAAAGCAGUGUCUAAACUGUCCCCAGCCAGCUAGAUUCCUGUGUUCAGGGUGCAAGAAAGCUUGGUAUUGCUCAGAACAAUGUCAGCGUGAUCAUUGGCGCAUGCAUAGUGCCAUGUGUUCUCUGUGAGCCACUAUGAAGUGGGGUCCCCUGAUUUAGUGAAGACUGCCAAGGGCUACACAUAAGGAUUCCAAAGAUUCCUGAAGACAACCAAAGGCUACACACAAGCAUCAUGGAGAUCAGUAAGAUAGUGCUGCCAUGAUCCACAGUGCUUGUGUAACCUGACUUUGUGUUUCCUAAUGCUGCGUGACCUGACUAUUUAUCACAUGUAAGUUGCACCAACUUUGAAAUGGUAGAUGUGUUUAUGUAUCUGGCUGUGAAAUGGCCUUAUAUAAUUAUCAUGAAAUGUAUUGCAAAGUGAACAGUUGUGUAAAUAAAUAGAACCAAGUACUCUAUUGUACUGUACACUUAUUUUGCAAAUACAGUACCAUAACAAAAACUGAUACAAUUAGUUGUAAAAUGAGUACUGUACAGUACAGUACAGUAUGUGAUUCAGUAUUUGGGAGAAAGAUAAGGACAAGGUUGCAUUUAUACAGAAAAUCCAUCUGAUACAUGGGAAUAAAAAUUUAAACUAGACAACAUACAAGAAAAUACAUAUUAAACAGUGGAUACUAAGACAGCUGUAGAAUUAGAAAGACAUACAUGGAAGUACUAAAAUGUCAUGAAAUGGUUUAAACACUGUGUGCAGAUGUAACAUCAUUAGUUAAAA